AUAUUUUCUUAUUCAAAAUGAGUCAGAAGCAACCACCAAGACCUUUAGAAGAUCAAGAAGAAUUUUUCAAAUAUGGAGAGGUUUUCUCAACCAUUAAGCAAAAACUAGUUCGAGAGGCUGAAUCUAGUGGUGAAAAUAGAGAGAGAUCAAGAGAAGAAGCAGGCACAAAAUCAAGAAAGAAAGAAGAAAGAGCAGUAACAAUAGUGGAGGCACUCCUAGCAACAGUAGUGACAGCAGGAGACAAAUCAGUUGAUAGAAGUGAUGCUGCUGCAAUUCAAGCUGCUGAAGUUCGAGCCACUGGUCAGACCAACAUUAUGCCUGGUGGACUUGCUGCUACUGCUCAAUCUGCUGCCCAAAUUAAUGCUAAACCCACCACCACUAAGAAGACUACUCUUGCUGAUGUUCUCUCUAAUGCUGCAGCAAAAUUACCAAAAGAUAGGGCAGUGACACGACAAGAUGCAGAAGGUGUGGUGGGUGCUGAAUUCAGGAACAACCCUAACAUAACAACGUUCCCUGGUGGUGUUGCCACGUCUAUGGUGGCUGCUGCUAGGAUUAAUAAGAGUCUUGAACAGACAACAGAAUGAUUAACUCACAUCCAUCAUUUACAUGCAUUUAGGAAAAUAGUUUUAUACUUCUAUAACAUAUUAUUUCCUUUGUAAUUUCCAUUAUAAUAUAUGUUUACAUAUUCACACAUCUUUUAGAGCUUUUCUUCUUUAUUAUUUUUCAUCAUUGUAAGAUUUAGAUUAAUUGUUCUUUAUUUC